AUGCAGAUGCUUAAGCGGGGCUUCCGCAAUGUCGCGGUCAACGGCGUGAAGCCACUCAAUCCGGCGGCGGCGCGGAUCGUGGGGCCGGCCUACACGCUGCGCUACAUCCCGAGCCGCGAGGAUAUCGACAAGGCGCCGAGUCCGAGCGAUCCGCCGAAUGCGCAGCGCACGGCGAUCGAGGAAUCGCCGGCGGGUUCGGUGCUGGUGAUCGCCACCGAAGGCAAUACGCGCUCCGGCACGCUGGGCGACAUCCUGGCGCUGCGCCUGAAAGUGCGCGGGCUCGCGGGCGUGUUGAGCGACGGUGCGAUGCGCGAUUCGCCGGUCAUCGGCAAGUUCGACUUUCCGGUUCCGGUCGGCAUCCGGGGCGUGCCCGUCUAUCCCGGCGAUGUGAUCGUGGCCGACGAGGACGGCGCCAUCGUCGUGCCGCGUCAUCUCGCCGACGAGGUGGGGCGCGAUUCCUUCGAGCAGGAACGGCUGGAGAAGUUCGUCGCGAUUCCGGGUGGGCCAGGGCCAUCCGAUCACCGGCACCUAUCCGCCGAACGACGAGACGAAGAAGCUCUACCAGGCGUGGAUCAAGGCGGGUGA